UUACCGACACUGACACUCUAAUGACGUAAAAAUGGCAUACAACAACAAAAACAUGCAGUCCAGCGAUGUUUUGAAUUAUUAUUUAACAAUGAACAUAAAUAACAUUUGUAGAAUAUGUCUGGAACGCAACCCGAAACUAAUGCCGAUCUUCGACCCUAUCAAACCCCCUCACUUUUCCAUUUUAAUAAUGGCUUGCGCUUCCGUGCAGGUGAUAGAAGGUGACGGUCUUCCACCCUACAUCUGCCAGAAAUGCAUCUCCAAACUCAACAUAGCAUUCCAGUUCAAAACUCAGUGCGAAUCCUCGGACGCCAAACUGCGCCAAUGUUUCGAAAACUUCAACCACCUACCCACCACCCCGGACCUCAGCGGCUUCAUCGAGGUGAAAAAAGACAACUCCGCGGUGGCGUUCGCCGAAAACACUCUAGAGCAAGUGCAGGUCGCCGAAAACGCCGCUCAAGAGGGCAACAUCUCGGACAACCAAAUCGAGCAAAACCAGCUGCAGCCGCUGCAGAGCGUGCACAUCGAGCCCACCACGUCGCUGCACGACCUCGACAAGAGCACCUUCACGGAGCUGAAAAUCGAAUUCGGGGACUUGAAGCCGUCCGAGCUCGAGUUGAAAGUGGAGGAUUUGCCGCUCAUUGGAAUCAAUCAGAGCUCGAAGUCGAAGAAGCCGACGAAGCAGCACCAGUGCGACACGUGCGGGAAGAUUUUUCGCACCAAGCCGGGGCUGAUCCAUCACAUUCGGAUCCAUACGGGGGAGCGGCCCUACGUGUGCCAUUUGUGCGACAAGCGGUUUAUCAAUGGGGGCCAUUUACACACCCACAUGAGGACGCACACGGGGGAGAAGAACCACGUGUGCGCGGCGUGCACUAAGGCGUUCGCGACGGCGCAACAGCUCACGAAGCACACUAUAGCGAUACACACGUCGGAGCGGCCUUAUGGGUGCACGUACUGUCCAAAGAGGUUCGCGAGCUCGAGUAACUUGAACACGCAUACGAAGAUCCACACUGGGGAGAAGAACUACAGGUGCGACCAGUGCGGGAAGGCGUUUUCGACGAAGGGGCAACUGUACCAGCAUAUGUUGGUGCAUACGGGGGAGAAGGCGUUUUUGUGUGAAUAUUGUAAUAAGAGGUUUUCGCAGAAGGCGCAUCUUAUUAGGCAUUUGAAGACGCAUUUUGUUAUACUUACUGCCCUUUCGACGAUUUUUCGAAAUUACACGAAUUUAUCCCUCUCCGCGCAUGCGCUCGUUUCAAACAACCCUUUGACAGCAAACAUAACCUCAAACAUGUCUACCCUCGAAGACUUAAAAUUCUACCCCCAAGACCAACUAAACUACUACUGUGAUCUCAACACAGCCCCCAUCUGUCGAAUCUGCCUCGAAAAAUCCCAAACCAAAAAAAUGUGCAAUAUUUUUGAAGGAACAGACCCCAUCUACACCAUGAUAAUGUCGUGCGCUUCAGUCCAGAUCCUCCAAGGCGACGGCUUACCAACCACCGUCUGCCAGAAAUGCCUGGCCAAACUAAACGUAGCAUUCCAGUUCAAACUCCAGUGCGAGAACUCCGACCUGCGCCUCCGCGAGUUCUACACGAACACAAACCUAUCCCAGUUCAACUUCAACGAACCCGACAACAAAAACAUGCCCUUCGAGAACGAAACGCAAACCACCGUGGAGAAACCACCUGAAAAAAAAUCCCCCAAGAAGCGCCCCAAAGAAACCAAGAUCCACCAGUGCGAAACCUGCGGGAAGAUCUUCAACAGGCGCGAGUAUUUGACGCAGCACAUUCGCAUCCACACGGGGGAGAAGCCCUAUUGCUGCCAUAUUUGCGAGAAGCGGUUUGUGAAUUCCGGGCAUUUGACCACGCAUAUGAGGACCCACACGGGGGAGCGGCCGCAUGCGUGCACAUUGUGUCCGAAGGCUUUUUCCACAAGACAAGAAUUGCAUAAACAUACAAUGGUGCACAAUGGAGAGCGGCCGUUUGUUUGUACAACCUGUGGGAAGUGCUUUGGGAGCAGUAGUAAUUUGUAUUCGCAUUUAAGACACCAUACGGGUGAGAAAAAUUUCACGUGUGAACACUGUGGGAAGGCUUUUUAUACCAAGCAGGAACUGAAGCAACAUUUGGUGAUUCAUACGGGAGAGAAGGCGUUCGUUUGCAAGUUUUGCAAUAAGAGGUUUUCACAGAGCGCGCAUUUGAGGAGGCACUUGAAGCUGCAUUCGUGAUUUUUCGUCGUUUUGGUUCUUGAUUGGCUGAUUAGUGAUUUUUUGUUGUGAUAUUAUUUCGUAUUUAAGUACUUUUUGUACUGUUGGUUUAUUAAAAUUUUUACUUGUUUUUGGA